AUGGAGCCGAGGCCCGUUCAAAUUGUGACAAUCACUGAGGAUCAUAAAUUUGUACUCGAUGAAAAAAAGUUAAAAGAAAUUUUAUAUCAUCACAAAGCACAUGGAAAGAAAGUAGCACUCGUGUCGAUAGCUGGUGAUUUUCGAAAAGGCAAAUCAUUUUUACUUGAUUUUUUUCUACGUUAUUUACGAGCAAAAGAUGCUAAAGACUGGAUUGGUAAAGAGAAUGAACCGUUAAAAGGAUUUGAUUGGCGUGGUGGAGCUGGAAGACAUACAACAGGAAUGUUGAUGUGGAGUGAACCAUUUUUAAUGUCAUUACCGAGUGGUGAAGAGAUUGCUGUACUUUUAAUGGACACUCAAGGAACAUUUGAUUCAAAUUCAACUGUAUUUGAAAAUGCAUUUAUAUUUGCAUUAACAUUGUUAGUUAGUAGUGUAACCGUUUAUAAUAUUAUGCAUAAUUUGCAAGAAGAUAAUUUACAACAUUUAUCAUUUUUUGCUGAAUAUGGAGUAUUAGCCAUUGAUGCUUAUCAAACAUCUCCAUUUCAACAAUUAUCAUUUUUGGUGCGUGAUUGGCAAUUCGAGUAUGAGACACCCUAUGGUUUCGAAGGUGGAGAAGAAAUUUUAUCACAAAGAUUACUUAUUCGUCCAAAUCAACAUCGUGAUUUAGAAUUAGUUCGAUCACGUUUAAGACAAUGUUUUAGAAAAGUAAAUUGUUUUCUUAUGCCACAUCCUGGAUUGAAAGUUACAAACAGACGAGAUUUUGAUGGAAGAUUAGAAGAUAUUGAGAAAGAUUUUAAAGAUCAAUUAAACAAACUUGUACCAGAUAUAUUUCGAUCUGAUAAUACUAAUUUUGUUAAAGAAAUAAAUGGAGAACAAAUAACCUCCACACAAUUAUUUGAAUAUUUUCGGACUUACUGUGCUGUUUUUGCAUCGGGCGACUUACCUUCACCGAAAGCAAUGUUGGAAGUAUGUGAUUAACCUUGUAUUUUUAUAACAGGAUGAAUGUUUAGGUUGUGACUGAGCAUGAAAAACGCCUAACUCUGCUACCGGAGCGUCUGUGCGUUACCGUUUUUUCUGUUUUCGUCUAUCCUAUAAUAUUUGGAAGGAAUAUCGUAGAAUCCUGGAAAGCGUCUUGUUUUGUAGAAUGAAGUGCGUUCUUCAAAAUCGACCA